AGGACGGAACGGCAGGCGAAUCCGGAAGCUCUGUCAUCAGUUGGUUGUGUGUGUGUGUAUGUGUGUGUGAGUGAGAGAGGGAGACACAGAGAGAGGGAGAAAUGUGCUGCUGGGGACAUGGUGGUGGCCACAGGCGAGGCUGGAACUGGAGUUUAGCCCGUUCGGGACACCAGAAUGCAUCACGGAAGUUUACUUAACCAAACAACGCGGCUUUGUUAAGGUAUCCAGCCUACGUGCUCGUCUACAUAUCUACUAUAUGUUGACUGUUGGUCCGGGCAGUACACACCACAGCAUGUUAUUGUGAGGAGGCAACAAAUUAGGGCAGGAUGCAGUCUUCAAGCCACCGGCUGCGAGAUAUGGAGCAGCACCACCCACUGCUGUCGGCCGGUGGGGACGUGGAGGCAGGGAGCCUGGCAGCGGAGGUGAUCGUAGGGGGUCCCCAUUCAGGCCACGCAGCAGGGAACCGCACACUGUGGUUCAUCCAGGACAGCUGCGGCAUGGUGUGCGCCGCCAUGACCUGGUUCCUGGUGCUGUAUGCUGAGUUUGUGGUGAAUUUUGUCAUGCUGCUGCCCGCCAAGAACUUCUGGUACUCCCUGCUGAACGGGGCCACCUUCAACUCCCUGGCUGUUCUUGCACUGGCAUCACAUCUCCGCACCAUGCUGACUGACCCGGGUGCAGUUCCUAAAGGUAACGCAACCAAGGAGUACAUGGAGAGCCUGCAGCUGAAGCCGGGUGAGGUCAUCUACAAGUGUCCCAAGUGCUGCAGCAUCAAGCCUGAGAGGGCACACCACUGCAGUAUUUGUAAAAGAUGCAUUCGGAAGAUGGAUCACCACUGUCCCUGGGUGAAUAACUGCGUGGGAGAGAAGAAUCAACGAUUCUUUGUACUCUUCACAAUGUACAUAGCCUUGAUUUCUGCCCAUGCCCUGGGCCUCAGUGGGAUGCACUUCUUCACCUGCGUGAAGGUCCAGUGGAACGAGUGCAGCGAGUUCUCUCCGGGGGUGUCUGUGCUGCUGCUCAUCUUCCUCUGCCUGGAGGCCGUCCUCUUCCUCACUUUCACAGCCGUCAUGUUUGGUACGCAGAUCCACUCCAUCUGCAAUGAUGAGACGGAAAUUGAACGUCUUAAAAAUGAGAAGCCCACGUGGGAGCGUCGCAUGCGCUGGGAGGGAAUGAAAGCUGUGUUCGGGGGUCCACCCUCGCUGCUGUGGUGUAAUCCGUUCACGGGUCUGCGCCUGCGACGCCUGAUGCUGCUGGCUCAAGGUCGCCGCGGUGGAUCAGAGUUUUCUGUCUGAGGCCCGGGCAGUUCGAUGCAACACUAACACUUGACCGUCCCCACAGCAAGAUCUCUUGUCUGCCCUCCCUGACUGGGGCUGAGAUGGAGACCUGCACCCUGGGACUGUCCUUAGUGUGUGGGUGACAGGGAGACAGGUGCCCGGCUCCUCCAGCAUGUCCCCUGUGCAUUGAAGCCACCACUGAAACUUUAUGCUCUCAUUCUCAGAUACUGAUGUAGACAUGCCACCGUACCUCUACAUGAAUAUGUUAAGCAACAACUGGAGUUAAGCUCAUGAAAUGAGCAGCUGUUCAUCUUUGUUUUUUGUUUUUUUUUAUUAUGUAAAGCAUGCAGUAUCGAACUCAAACAAGUCUUUUAUUCCUCUCGGACCGUCCCAGGUGCAGUUUGAACUCAGAUAUGGGGAUAGUUUGUGAGAUUUCUGGGCGAUUGUACUUUUGAACUCCUCAGUUUAGCAUAUCUUUCAUCAUCACUGGACGCAAAACAAGUGGACCUGAGUGGGAAACACUUAAUUUAUACACAGGCAGCGGAGUCAGAGUACUUCACUGAUGGCAGUGGAUAAAGCCUGGAAAGCAGCAGAGCACACAUGGGAAGUGGACUGUGUAGCCUGGAUUUGCAUGUGGAACAGCUCAGUCAGUCCAAAACUCAGCUGGCUAAUGAGGCUUUCACUAUCUUCAAAUGGUUGAACAGGCUACUGUGAACACAACCUCAUUCUCAUUCAAGAGGACCACUUUUCUGUUGUUGUUGUUGUUGUUGUUGUUGUUGUUCUUUUUUCCCCCCUUUCCAGGUCUGUAUUUUUUCUAUAUUCUUUGAAUCACUUGGGCCAGUACAAAUGAAUAUUUCCCUUUUUUAAAAUGAUACAAGCUGGAAAAUCUGCUGGAAAGUUUUGUUGUUAUUGUUUAACUUUUUCAAUAUUUAACACUCCUUGUAAUGACAUCAACUGACCUUGAUGACUCUCUGGAGUCGAUUGCACUGUCAUUCUAAUUUUCAUUUUUUUUUUGGGCAGUGAACAGAGCCUCGCAAGCUUGUGUUAGUCCUCCAGAGAGUCCUUGAUUGCACCUCCUCUCCGCUCAUGCAGGUUCCUUCUCAUCUCAUUGCUGUACAAGCCUUCAGGGGCCAUCUUGGACCACUGAUAUUUACUGCUGGAACAAUUAAUCGAUUGACAGAAAAAUAAAUAUAUUAUAAUUUUGGUCAUCGAUUAAUGGCUUGUCAUUUAUCAAGUAAAAACACCAAACAUGUGCUGGUUAUGGCUUCACAAAUGCCAAGAUUUGCUUGCCUUUCUCCAUUUCAUGUCAUUAUGACAUUAAUGCCUUGGGGCUUUUUGGCUGCUGGUCAGACUAAGCAAGCAACUGCAAGACAUCACUUAAGGCUUUGGGAACUUGUGCCGUGCAUUUGUUCUUACUUUUGACUUUUUACAGAGUAGGCAAUCAAUCGAUUAUUUAAACAAAAGCCCAGUUGAUAUGCCACCCUGUGUUUCUGUAAUGAAGUGGUUAGGAUUUAAAUUCAGCCCGAUACAUAACUCAUAAAGCAGUUUUUGUAUUAGCGAGUUGGGGUCACAUGUUUUGUUUUGUUUGGUUUUUUUGUUUGUUUGUUUGUUUAUGUGUUUGUUUGUUUUGGGACAAGUGCAUUGUAGUUCCUGUGUGGGAAAACUGUGGAGGCUACUUAUGUGGAUGGCUGGAAUCCAUGUGCAGGAAUCCUUAGAUAAGGCUUUAUGGCAUUUACACCUUGAGAAACAAAGCCCCUGAGGCAGAACCCAGCCUCAGACAGGGCGGCUUUGUGUUGCCCUCGACCAUCUUGUGGUGCAGCGAAGUGAAAAGGGAGACCUUAAACCCUGACACAACCUCUUUUGGCAAGAUCUGGGCUCUUUCUGAUGUACAAAGACAGUCUCCUUUGUAGCCUUGGCCUGUGGACUGUUAAAAGAGCUGCCUUGCUAAAGGAGGUGGAGGCACAGACACCAGGCUCAUAAAACAAGCUUUAACAGUGAACAAAAUCUUAAAGUGCAGAGCAGACGGUGUGCUUGUGAAUGCCUCUCCCACUCCACUUCAGAGAUAUGUGUCGACAGAUUCUGAAUCCUCAGCCCUAUAGCAUCUUAAUAACAGGAGCAGAUGCAUUUGCGGUGUUGUUACAACAUUGAUCCAUGCCUUUAAAACCAUUUCAGUGAGGUGGAUUUAUCAUCUUGAGAUUUUUUCAUUAUUGCCAUUUUUGUGAAGGUUUUAACAGCUAGUUUUCUAUUUUCGUUAAGCAUAAUCAGUAGGCCCAUUUAUGUGUGGCUUUUUGGAUAUAGAUUUCAAGAUUAAAAGCUUGAUCCUGCCUGAUCAGCUCUACUAAAGCAAUCUCAUGUGUCUGUCUGGUGAAAUCUAGAUUUGAGAAGUCACGCGUUUAUCAAGUGUUGGAAAAUAUCUUGCUGUUUGUUCACAUUUGUGGUUAUCAGGAGAAGGAACUUGGUUUUGCCACUGUUUACACUAAAUUGUGAUAUCUGAUCCUUGAGGGUAUUGUAUUACAAAAUCAUUUUGGAGUUAGAAUGUAACACCUUUUUGUAUGUUUAUUGCAGGAGUAAGAGACACAACACAAAGUUAUCUGACAGUAUCUUUUUAAUGCUGGCCUCUCAUUUACAUGCAGUACAGUAUUAUUUACAUCAAAUAUUCUGUUGGACUGGACUGCAUCUGCACAGUAUCUCUUCUCUGAUGGUUAUAUUGCAACAAUAUCUGCCUUCUGUUUGUAAAAAUGCUAUACUUGCAUAUUCCAUACUUGGCAUGUUUCAUUAAGCAGGAAUUUAAUCAUAACAUGCUGAGUGCACUUUUUGUUUUCUGUGUGACAUUUACACUCAGUAACUUUUAUUUUAAAAUAUUAAACGAUCAAAAGAGGUCACAGAAAUGAUGAUAAAAUUGCAAGUUGACAAAGGAUGCAACACACAGCAAGCAUUUUAAGUAUGCACAUAUACAGAUUGAAAGGCAGACUAAAGAUUUCUGAGAUUACAACAGAAAAAAUGUCACUUUCAGCUUUGCAGCUACACACAUGUCCUCGUACGCCGUCAACAGCUGUUAUUUAAAAAUAGUGGAAAAUGGUAGCUGGAGCCAACAAGAGUUGUGUAUUACAAAUAAUCAAGAAACAUAUGAAAUGUCAUUAGAAUAAUACAUGCAAAUGCCUGAAGCAGGUCUUAAAGUAAACCUGUGGCUGACCUAAAUACACUGCUAAUCUUAGUUAUAGAUAUAGAAACAGGAAACAGGAAAACAUCAAAAUUAAUCACUGAUCAAGGAUUGGCAGACAUUGCCACAUUCCUUGGGUCUUUGCCUUUUGGGUUGAGUAAGAAUUAUCUAUCGCAGUAUUUCACAAUACAUUAGUCCUGUUUCAUGACCAAGUACACACAUCGUAAUACAAACAGCUAAAGUUUUGGAUUCUGCUGCUGGUUAUAUAUUGCAGGUCAGUGGUCAGCGUUAUGGUAACGGCAUGCAUCAUGAUGAUUUACUUGGUCGUGUUACUCUCGGUCUGAGCCUUUCUCUGCCUACUGUGGGAUUUCCAAAACUGCAACCAUAAUCAGUACUGGGUGAAGGGAAAAGUUCAUUAAACCACUAAAACGCUAUUCUGUCAAAUGUUUCUCAGCCAGUACUUGGCAACAGUAAGCUGAAAUCUGCACAGAAAAUCCAGGGGGAAAAGUGUUAUGUCAUGUAUUGUUAAGAGUGUGACCUUGAUGGGUGACUCAUCAAGAAGUUGCCAUGAACACUGAUUAACAGGUGAAGAAGUGAGUUUUAUGUCUCAUACUCUUUUAAGAAAUUGUUCUUAAGAGAACAAAAUCAUUCAGCUUUAUAAACAAAGUAUACAGGUUACUUGUUAUUAACCAUAUAAAUGGAAUGUGGAAAUUAUCUUGGAGUUUUUUAAUUAAUGUGUCUCAUAAUCUUAUAAUGUCUUUAUAAGGUCACAUUCUUUUACAUAAUAAACUUCUAUGAUUAAAAGUA